AUGGGCAGAACACGGCGCGGCGUCCGCUUCAACCACAACGGCCAGAUCGCCGGCUCCGACGGCCGGCGGUCGAGCUUCAGCGGCAGCGAAGAUGGCUCCGGCUCGCCCACGAGGACCCGUUCCAAGGCUCAGGCUCAGCUUGAGCCGGUGCAAGAGAAGCAGCCCACGCCCGAGGAAGAAUACCAAAAGAAAAAGGCAAACUUCAUGACGCGCACGUUUUGGACCUUCAGCAUGCUUGCCAUCUUCUUCGGCGCCCUCUUCAUGGGCCACAUCUACAUCAUCGCCAUCGUCACGGCCGUCCAGAUCGUCUCCUUCAAGGAGGUCAUCGCCAUCGCCAACGUCCCCAGCCGCGCCCGCUCCAUUCGCUCCACCAAGAGCCUCAACUGGUACUGGCUCGCCACCACCAUGUACUUUCUCUACGGCGAGAGCGUCAUCUACUACUUCAAGCACAUUGUCCUUGUAGACAAGGUGCUGCUGCCGCUGGCCACGCAUCACCGCUUCAUCAGCUUCAUCCUCUACGUCUUCGGCUUCGUCUCUUUCGUCGCCACCCUCAAGGCCGGCCACUACAAGUUCCAGUUUACCAACUUUGCCUGGACGCACAUGGCGUUGUACCUCAUCGUUGUGCAGGCGCACUUUGUCAUGAACAACAUUUUUGAGGGCAUGAUCUGGUUCUUCCUGCCCGCCGCGCUCGUCAUUACCAACGACAUCUUUGCCUACGUGUGCGGCAUCGCGUUUGGCCGCACGCAGCUCAUCAAGCUGUCCCCGAAGAAGACGGUCGAGGGCUUCGUCGGCGCGUGGAUCAUGACGCUGCUGUGGGCCAUGCUGCUGGUUAACCUCAUGAUUCGGUCCAAGUACUUCAUCUGCCCUGUCAAUGACCUGGGCGCCACCAUCUUCACCGGCCUCGAGUGCGACCCGAACCCCGUCUUCGUGCCUCGCACGUACCAGCUGCCGCACUUUUUCUUCUUGCCGCCCAACACGAACAUGUCGCUCACGUUCGCGCCGAUGCAGAUCCACGCGCUGGUCCUGGCGUCGUUCGCGUCGCUCAUCGCACCGUUCGGCGGCUUCUUCGCGUCGGGCCUGAAGCGCACGUUCAAGAUCAAGGACUUUGGCGACUCGAUCCCCGGACACGGAGGCAUGACGGACCGCAUGGAUUGCCAGUUCAUCAUGGGCUUCUUCGCCUACAUGUAUUACCACACCUUCAUCGCUGUGCACAAGGUCACGCUCGGGUCGGUGCUGGAGACGGCCAUCACCAGCCUGGGGCCCGACGAGCAGGUCGAGCUCGUCAAGAGCAUGGCGCGGUAUCUCGGCAACCAGGGUGUCGUGCCCGAAACAUUCCUCGAUUGCGUCGAAAAGACGAUUGUCAAGCGAUGA